UCACCAACAUUUACUUCCUGGUUAGAAUUUCCGGUUAUUUGACAAACGAGGGAAAGUUGAAAACUUCUACCGAUGUCUCCUAAAAGACAACAGUCGUCUUCUAAUUUAUCAAAUAGUUGGAUACAAGAGAACAACGAAUUAGUAAAGAAAUGGCAGCAACAUAACAGAGAUGCCUUGAGUGGAGACCAGAACCAUACCAGAUUGUUGCUCACUGAGUUUCACAAACUUAUAAGAAAAAUACAAGGUCUUCCUCCUCUUGAAGAUCACUCCCAAUUGGAGUUGUGUGUCGUGUACAAUGUGUGCUUGUUGUCCAUGGUGCUUCUUCAGGUAUCAGAAGCUGAGCUGCUCCUCACACAAUCUAUGGAUAGAGUUUUCCAGAUGACAGGAGUUGAUGCAGUGGAUUUCCACUGCGCUGUGUUUUGGCGUACCGUUCUUCAGUCAGUGGAAAGCCGUGAAGUGGUGAAAUCCUGUGUCGCGAACCUUCUCUGUGUGCAGUGGGCUAUAUGGUUGGCGAACUGUUGUGUUGAUAAAAUAGAAGCGCUUCAGGAAGAGUUUUCUUCUCUAUCUGCUGGAGUUGAACAAGACGUGCCAAAUGAAGUGGGGCAAACGUCUUCAAACAUUCCCCUUUUGGUGAUGGAACCCAGACGCUUUGUUGAAUUAUUGCAAAUGUGCACUUUGAUUACACAAGGUGCAGAAAGGCUGAAUGAGGGUCAAAACUCGAAGGCAAUAACCGAUCUACAGGCUGCAUCUUUGCUGCCUGCUCCCAGACAUCUAGUGGCAUACACACACCUCCUCUCUGGCUCCUGUCUAGCCCGCACAGGUCGCCCUCAGAUGGCACUACAGUGUUACAGGACAGCACUAGAGACAGACUCCCAAUGUGUUUGUGCUCUAUACCAGAGUGCACUCAUCUUCAGAUGCCUGGGUAACGCACAGGCAGAGAUACAAGCCCUUCGUUUGCUUCACUCGACACUUUUGUUACCCUCCAAGCCAGUUAUGAUCAACGAUCAUGUCCUCUCCUCAUCCUUAUUGCUACGGAGCCAAACUCUGAUCAGCCUGGUUUCUGUUCCCUCUGCUCUCUGUAUCCUUCACAGUUUAGCCCAGAAGUGUGUGCUGCAUUCAAGAUUGUCAGAAGGUGUAGAACAUUAUCUUGACCUGUUGGCUGCUCUUCACUCGGAACAGCACAGAGUAUGUACAGAGGACUCUCAGCUUCCAAGACUACCUGAACUUUACCUGGAGGCCGGCGCUGCCCUGCUCAUGGCCCAGCGGCCCCUGGAUUGCCUGACGUUAUGUGACGAAGUCCUCACCGCAACACUGGAUCUGCUGCCAGCGAUGGUGGUGCUGGAGGAACCUGAAGCUGCCGAUAUGUGCACUGGAGGUGAAGAUAAGGUGGCAAUGCUACUUUGGACAGGCGCCGCUUACCUCCUUCAAGGUCAUUGUCACUGUCACCUGCAGGACUGGAAACAAGCUGUGAUGCACUACACAAGGUGUAUCAACCUGCUGGUAAAGGUGCACUUUAAAGAGAAAGGUGGCCAACCUCAAGUCCCCAGCGCAGACAUGGUUGAUGAACAAAGAGCAGAUCUUGGGGUCCUUCAGAGGUUGAAGGGCCUCUCUCUAGCUUGGAGGGGCAUAAGCUUCAUGCAGUCAGACAAUCCCAGAAACGCGCUGAGAGACCUCCAGCUCGGACUACAGGCCUUGCCAGAGUGUGUGGGUGCAGGGCUGUGGUGUGGGGAGGUGCUGUGGAAGCUUGGCAGGAGAAAAGAAGCGGCUUCCUGUUGGGAGAAGACCUGGAACAUCACUGCACUCUCGGCAGAGAGCAUCCCUCUAUACUUAAGGGAACCCCAGUUUGGACCACUGUUGGACUCUGCAGAGCUUCGCCUCAGAAUAUCUGAACUGGAUCCCACCUAGUGCACCUUGGACGGAGAAGAACCAUCUUGCAGGUUUUGUGCUGGAAAACCAUUCCAGUGUAUCGUGAAGCAGACGUCAACAGACAAAAGAAUAUUGUCGUAGUAACAUGUAUGUAAAGUUGUUCUAAUGUAAAAAUGUUGAUUUACAACAUAUAUUAGAUGAACAUAACUUAUGUAGUUGUAUUGCGGUGUUUGGCAAGCGGUUCUUCAAUAAAUUCUGUUUGUGCUUCUUG